AUGGCCGCCGAGGUUCGGACCACAAAGAGCUCAGCAAAAGCCGACGCAGCCGAAGCGGACGUGGAAGCAAAGGAGGUUCUGGCAGCUGUGGUGGUGACAGACACAGCGCCUGCUGAGGCAGCAGGCAUACCGGAAGCAGCUGCUCAAGCCCAGGGAGCCACUGCUCCCGCUGCGGCGAAGGAGGUCAAGGGCCUGCUUGCGAAAGCGAGGCCAACCGAGAAGAAGGAGGUGGCGGCAGCAGACGCAGACGAGAUCGAGCAGCUCACGGACGAUGUCAGCAUGGUGGAAGCUGCACGAUGUGGGGACCCGAACACGGUGCCGGCAGCAGACCCGGACGAGACAGAGCAGCGAAAAGACGAUGCGAGUACAAGUGCCGGGAGCGACAAGGAGAAAAACGAGGAAAGCUCGGAGGGAGGUGCACGACUUGGCGACCUGAACAAGGCCUCGCCCACUAUUGCAGUUUCUCUUCGGCGUUUCGGGGUGCCUUCUCUUCGGCGUUUCGGGCCAGACGAAGAGAAGGAGGAAAGCUUGGUGGAAGCUGCACGAUGUGGCGACCUGAACAAGGUGAAGGAGCUCUUGGCCAUCAAUUGCGAUCCAGAAUUUUUUUGCAAUGCCUGGGUGAGUGGUCAAGAGACUUUCGCAAACAGAGCGCCGGCUGCCGAUAACUCGGGGACCAGGCCCCUAAUUGCAGCUGCCGUCUCAGGGCACAGCCAUGUUGCGUGGGAGCUCUUACAGUACAGAGCUGAUGUGAAUGCCAGAGAUUCCGAUGGACUCACAGCACUCUCCGCGGCUUUGUGCUCACCGGAUUGCGACAUCCACAUGUGGUUUCUUCUGCACCACGCAGCGGAUCAGAAGCCAAAGAAGCCUGAUCAGAGCUCGGACGCUCAAACAGACAUCCGAAAUGAUGAUGAGCGGACCUUGCACAUGCCCUCGAAUGCUCAAGCAAACAUCCGGGAAGAUCAGAAGCCAAAUCAGAAUUCGGACACUCAACAAGGAGACAUCCGAGAGGCUGAGUUCUUGCACCUGCUCGGGAACACGAGCGCAAAAACGAUGGCAGACAUCCGGGCGGAUGAGAAGCGGACCCUGCGCAUGCUUGUUACGCUGCUGCGUGGAGAGGGGGAGUUCUACACGGAAAAGGUGAAGAGCUUGCUGAAAGAGGCCGGCCUCUCUUUUGAUUAA